CGGUCUGUCUGAACGGCGGCUGCACUGGAACGCGCGAGUGGCAGGGCGAACUGGGCGGGCUCGUGCGCUGUCACUGCAUUUUUUUCUGAUGGGGAUUUCCAGAGGAAGUGCAGAGCAAAGGGGCUUUCCAACGGCGGAGAACCGAGAUCAACACCGUGGGGAUGCGGCGGCGCCUCUCCUGCCAAAAUGUCCUUUUCUUUACAUUUAUGCCAUAUUCGAGAGUGCACGCGAACCCAACAGAGGCUACCGUUUAGUCGCGUGGCUGUAGCCGCUCUUUUAAACACUCAUGACGCUUACUAGACUUGCGGUUACACCGUUUACGGGGCUUUCGCGUGUGUGAAUGCCGUUUACCGAAGCGGAGUCUGUUAAGAUUGCCCAGAAAAACAGUGGUGUUGGAUUGGACGGCGACAAGGAUCUAAUACAUGUGAUGUCAUCAGGGCGGAAUGGGGACGGCCGUGAGGUGCAGGUGCCCCAGCAGAGGGCGCCCUCGCUGGCGCAGAAGCCCUGGAGCGAGCCUGGCUUCCUGCCGCUCCAGGCUGGGUUCCGGGACCACUUCGUCCUGCCGCCCGAGCCCAAGUACUGCUGCCAGGCCUGCCGGCUGGUCCUGUGCAACCCGCGCCAGACCGAGUGCGGCCAUCGCUUCUGUGAGACCUGCAUCUCUGAGCUGCUCAGAGCGUCCCACCCAGUGUGUCCUGCAGAUAUGGAGCCACUCUUUGAGGACAAGAUAUUCAGGGAUGUGUGCUGCCACAGGGAGAUCAUGGGUCUGAAGGUGUACUGCAGGAGUGAGAAGAAUGGUUGCAGAGAACAGAUGUGUCUACAUCAGGUUAUGGAUCACCUGACGGUGUGCCCAUAUUUUGAGGUGCCAUGCCCUCUGGGGAAGUGUAAGGAGAGGAUGAUGAGGAAGGACAUGCCCGACCAUCUGAACUGGAAGUGUCGACACCGCGAAGCCACCUGCGAAUUCUGCAAACACAAGAUGGCCCAGACAGAGCUACAGAAACACAAGGACACCGUGUGCCCUGCUUUCCCUGUGGCCUGUCCCAAUAACUGCACCUACUCCUCCAUCCUGCGCAGCGAGCUGCAGAGACACCAGCAGGACUGUCCCAAGGCCCAGGUCACCUGCUCCUUCCACCGCUACGGUUGCACCUUCAAGGGUCUGAACCAGGAAAUGAAAGAGCACGACUCCCUCUGUGUCUCUGAACACCUGCGGCUGAUGGUGGCCAAGAACACUACCCUGGAGGCUAAGGUGGAGGAUGUUAAGGGCGAGCUACAGGAGCGCUAUAAGGUGCUGCCAGGUCUGAACGCUCGGCUGAUGGAGGUGGAGUCUCGGCACGAGGAGAUGAGAGAGAAGAACCGGCAGCUGGAACAGAAGCUGGCAAAUAUACAGAAGCAGCUGAGCUCUCACUCAGAGAAGCUGAUGGAGCUGGAAAUGGAGCUGCGUUCCUUCCGUUCGGUGCGUGAGGAUGUGGAGACCCUGCGGGGGGCGGUAGAGAGCAUCCGCACACGCGUCACUGCGCUGGAGGGCAGCCGUGGUCCCUCCAACUCCGGACCGCAUGCGCUCGCAGGCUCCCUGGAGACGCAGCUCUCUCGCCAUGACGACAUGCUGAGCGUGCACGAGAUCAGGCUGGCGGACAUGGACCUCCGUUUCCAGGUGCUGGAGACGGCCAGCUUCAACGGCACGCUCAUCUGGAAGAUCCGUGACUACAAGCGGCGGAAACAGGAGGCGGUGGCGUCUAAGACGCUGUCCCUGUACAGCCAGCCCUUCUACACCGGCUACUUUGGGUACAAGAUGUGCGCGCGCGUGUACCUGAACGGGGACGGCAUGGGCAAGGGCACGCACCUGUCGCUGUUCUUCGUGGUGAUGCGCGGCGAGUACGACGCCCUGCUCACCUGGCCCUUCAAGCAGAAGGUGACGCUGAUGCUGAUGGACCAGGGCCCCGCCCGCAAGCACCUGGGCGACGCCUUCAAGCCCGACCCCAACAGCAGCAGCUUCCGCAGACCCACGGGAGACAUGAACAUCGCGUCCGGCUGCCCCCUCUUCGUCGCGCAGACCGUGCUGGAGAACGGCACCUACAUCAAGGACGACACCAUCUUCAUCAAGGUCACCGUGGAUACCUCUGAUCUGCCCGACCCCUGACCCCUCAACUCUCACCCCACCCAGCAGCUGGGGGGCCUGCAACAAACACAGCUCAGGACACCCGGAGAGAGAGAGAGAGGGUGAGAGAGGAGAGAGAGAGAGAGAGAAAGGGUGAGAGAGAGAGCGUGAGAGAGAGAUGAGGUGAGAGAGAGAGAGGGUAAGAGAGAGAGAUGGGGUGAGAGAGAGAGAGUGAGACAUAGGGUGUGAGAAUGUGAAAGAGAGCGAGACCGGGUGAGAGAGGGAUCGGGAGAGAUGGACAGAGAGACAUGGGGAGAAUGAUAGGGGUGUGGAGAGAGGUUAAUGAGAGAGAUGGAUAGGGAGGGAGAGAGAGAGAGGUAGUGGGAAGUUAAUGAGAGAGAAAAAAGAGUGUGGAGUGGGUUAAUGUGAGAGAGAUGGACAGAGUAGCAGAUGUAGAUAUGGAGAAAGAAAGA